AUGAAAACGACCAAAGAUCGAUCAAUGUCAAAACGCCAAAAUAGCUCGUCACAUGUAACAACAAAGAUAAAGAGCAGAAAUCAGAGGACGACGAAAAAAGCAACACCUUCUUCCGUAUCGGAACAUGACCAACUUGUCACUAAAGCUGACGGCAAUUUUAAUGUAUUCGCGGGAGCAGAUGCGGCACAAUACAUGGAGGAAUGUAUUCGGCAAAAGAAAUUUGCCUUCUUUCAAUCGGACAACGGACGACCAGCCGAAUUAUAUCGAACUGAUUUAAUUCAUCGAUGUCUUCGAGGGGAGGGCGAAUUUAAGUUUAUUGAUACUCCCGAUGACCGAUCUGGGACAGUGAAAAAGCUUCGAAUUGUAGAUAGAUGGAGAGAACAAUGGUCAACGUGUAUUCAAGUGCUCGUUGAUCCAGAAAAUCUCCAAGAAUAUCCAGUCAAGCCAAGAGAAGUAGUGAUUGAAAGAAAGUUGUGGAAACAACCUAAGAAAUUGAUCGGAUAUCGGAGUAAAAAGAAAACAAAGAGAUACGUGGACGACGCCUCACAUGAGAUCAUUGAUAAAAAGGGGCUUCAAGUUUAUCAAGGGGAUUUGUUGGACCAACUAUGGGUUGACAAAUACAAUGAAACACAUCCAAACGAAAAUCUUUGUAUCAAUAAAUUAAUCGAUGUCCUCAAUUAUUUAGAAAUCGAGUGCCACCAAAAUUUACAUCUUGCAUUGAUUGAACUCUUGAAUGAUCAAGUUUCUCAAAACUCAGUUGAUGAAGAUGCCGCCUGUGACAUAUGCAGAACGAAAGAAUGUGAGCAAGACGAUGAGAUGAUCUUUUGUGAUGGAUGCAAUAUGUGUGUACAUCUAAGCUGUUAUGGUUUACAAGAUGUUCCUGCUGAUGAUUGGUUAUGCAGCACGUGUGAAUUGUGCCUUGGUCGUCAGCCACCUUGUGUUUUAUGUCCGGUGAUUGGAGGAGCGAUGAAAAGGACUGAUAUUGGAACUUGGGCACAUAUUGUUUGCGCAUUGUUUCAUCCAGAAUGCAGAUUUGGCGAUCCCACAUUGAGAGAACCGGUGUGCAAAAUCAACGACAUACUUAGCGAACGAUGGGGCAUGAAAUGCUCGAUUUGUGAUACUCGUCAAGGCGCUUGCAUUCAAUGUUCGGUGAAAACAUGUACUACCGCGUUUCAUGUGGCUUGUUGUCAGAGAAGUGGAUGUGAAUUUCGAAUUGAGCAGGAACCUCUUGAAGAUUCGGUAAAGUUCAUAACCCUUUGCCAAAAACACAGUCAUCAAGAAGCGUUGGCCAAUGAUCAAAUGGCAGGAGAAAUUAGUAGAAUUGAAGGUAAAACAAAACCGAUCGAUAUUUCAAAAAACACCAAAUCGCAUGAAAUGGCAUUACUGGAAAAACAUUUCUUUGAUUAUGCAACUUUUGAGAAGUUGGCAAGAAGUUUUGGAGACGGAAUUGGUUACUUAAAGGAUUUGUACGAUUAUUGGGUGAUAAAACGAAUUUCACUAGCUGGAUCAUCUCUGAUUCGCUCUCCCGACGAAGUGAUUGAAACUAGCAAUGAAUCAUCCACAGUAGAAGGUGCCGCAAAUUUGCCCUCUUUUGGCUCUGGGUUGUCUCGUUGGGCAUAUGGCACAGGACGAAUUUUCAAAGAGCUUGAUAUGUUUCGAAACUGCUGUUUCAUGCAAGUUAAGCGAGAAAAAACAAAGGCAAUGCUUGCGCAGGUUGAAUCGCAGAUUAUUUCUGAGGUACUCGAAGUUCUGGGUGCAAGGUAUUCACCGACUCAUCGAAUUUUGAGCUCAAGAACUUCUCAGCAACUAAAAAUGCACAUGCAGAAAUUAAUCGGCUCUGAAGAUCAAACUGCUCCAAAUUCUCCAUGUAAAAAAUUAAACGAUCUAAUCAGUGAACAAGUAAAAUCUCGUAACAAAUUGUGCCGAAAGAGGUCUUCAAAUGAAGAAAGGGCGUCUUCUGGUGAUUCUUCCAAGGAGCAAAUUGAAUAUCAUAUGCACGUAAAGCGAAAGAAUUUGGCAAAUGAGAAAGAAGUUUGUGACGUUGAAAUAAAAAAGCGGCACUCUCAAGGGAUCGACAGUGUAGCCACGCCAAAACGCUUACGAGAACGCAAUCAUCAUCUCAAAAAC